ACUUGCUUCUCUGGCCAAGAAAAGGUAUUAUUUUUAGAUAAAGCGUUAAAAUAUAAAAAUGGGAAUACCAUAGGUGCUCUUGAGGUUCAUGAAUUUUUAUUGCCUACCCAGCCACUAACUCUGAGUCCAUAUAAAGAAGUUAACAAGCUUGUAAACAUUAGAAUACUUUCACCUAGUACGAAUUAUUUAUAUAUCGGGGUUCCAGCUUUUUGGUAUCGUCUUUUGUGGCUCUUUGUUGUGAUGGCCAUGUCCAUUUAGUUAUUUGGUUUUUUAUCACAAAUGCACCUACCUGAAUUUCUUUUUUAUAACUGCAUUUCUAUGAACGCAAUGAAUUUAAUUGUUAUAUAUUGACCGAAAUACACUACAUAUGGGUCAAGUCGUGUUAUUUUUUCAACCUCAUUAUAAGGGCUUGUAUAUUACAAGUGUAAACCAAUAAAACACUUAAGGGUGUUACAAGAUUUUGUCAGUUUUUCAGUCUCCGGUUGUAACAGACCUGACCCUAACCAUGUGAUGGCAACGUGCAGUAGUGACUCAUAUGAUGUAAUACCACUAUCUUUACAAGCAUACACAUAUAAUGUUGAUUUCAGGAACUUGGUAAUAUAACUUCCAUGUAUUGUUCGUCCUGUGUAUGUAUGGGAUAAUUUUAUAUAUCAUCGCAAACUAAGGACUUCAUUGGAAGCAUACGUAUCAACUCAGUUUUUAUCACCAUUCAGUAAAUAAUGUUUCUUUUGCUAUUCUCACAGUAAGUUGGUAAUGUCUCGUUCUCUGGUUAUAUUGAAAGAUAUCAAAAAUUGGAAUAUCUUCAGUGGGUUGUGUAUACGUCGGCCCGCAGUUAUUGCACCAGAAUUAAAACCACUUGAAAAACAAGUAGCCGACUUAAUUGAAAAGGUCGACUUUGAAAGAAGCCACUUGUCGGCACAUGAAUUAAGACAUGAAAUUGAAACCAAAAGAAUUGCUAAUGCCCUUUCAAAAGGAAUAAGUAAUAUUGCACAAGAAUCACUUAUAACUGCUCGUGAAGCGGAAAUAAUGUGGGAGUUGGAGGCUGAGCAGUAUAAGCCAGCAGAACGAUUGACAGAAAAUGAUAAAUCUCAAAAUUUAAAGUCCGCCUGGCGUGCGUUAGAUAAACCUUUGUACUUGUUAGUUCAAUCCCCGAAAAAUGUAUCUAGUGGAUGGAAUCUUCCAACUGCACCAGUAUCCGAUGGAAAAAAUUUAAGACAGGUCGCUGAUUCUAUAGCAACAAGUUUAUUACCACCAAGAGCUAAAUGGUGUAUAUUUGGCAAUACACCAGUUGCUGUUUGGUUGACUAGAGAUAGAAAUAAAGAAGAUACUGGUACACAGGUAUACUUUUUCAAUGUCUACGUUGAUAGACAUUGGCAUGGUGAAGAUUUAAUUAUAAAUAAUGAUUUCAAUAUUAAUAAUUUUGCAUGGAUACCAAGAACUGAAUUUAAAAAAUUUAUUCAACCAAAAACACUUUUAAAAACUUUAAAAUCAUUCGCUAUUGACUAUUGA